AUGGGGCUUGGGGCUCCCAACACGCUGAGGUACUGCGGUGGCCUGUCACAGGAGGCGGGCAGCGUGGAGCAGCUGGCCCUGCGCUGCGCCGAGGGCUCUCUCGAAUGGCUCUACCCCACCGGGGCUCUGCGCCUCAGCCUCUCUCCCCGGCUGCCCGCAGUGCCCGCUGGCCCGGGCAGCRGCGCCAAGCGCCUCAGCGCCUGCAUCAAGCCCGCCGGCUCCUUCCGGGGCGCGCAGCUCUACCUGGAGCGGGACGGCGUCCUGGAGCUGCUGCUGGCCGAGGCGGAGGCAGCGUCGCGGCCGCGCGCGCGCUGCUUCAGCUGGCUGCCCCGCGAGAAGGUGGCCCUGUUCCUGCAGGCCACGCCGCACCGCGACAUCAGCCGCCGCAUCGCUGCCUUCCGCUACGAGCUGCGCGGUGGCACCCUGCCCGCCGGCGGCGAAGGGACAUGCCGGCCGUGCAAUGACACCGAGAUCCUGAUGGCCAUUUGCACUAGUGACUUUGUGGUGCGCGGCAGCAUCCGCAGCGUCUCCAACGACGCCGAGCUGCAGGAGGCGGUGAUCGGCGUGAGCGCCACGCGCAUCCACCGGCAGAAGUUCCCGCUGUUCCAGCCGCAGGGCAAGGCCGGCCGCUGGGCGGGCAGCAUCCGCACGCCGCUGCGCUGCGGCGCCAAGCCGGGYGCCGGCACCUUCCUCUUCACGGGGUGGCUGCGCUUCGGCGAGGCCUGGCUCAGCUGCGCGCCCCGCUACAAGGACUUCCAGCGCAUCUACGCRGGCGCCCGCCUGGCGCGCCAGAACCCCUGCGAGUUCCCCUCGGACUGA